UCACUCCAAAUUAAAUUGACUCUUAUCAUUUUAAUCUUUGCAGCUGUGGUGGGAGACAAAUUCUUAGCUACAGACCUAACAAUCAUAAACACGUCAGGUCCAGAAAAGCACCAAGCAGUUGCUCUAAGAGUAACCUCAAAUGCUGCAUUCUACCGGUGCGAGAUCAUCUCCCAUCAGGACACUCUCUAUGCCCAUUCCCUCCGGCAGUUCUACCGUGAAUGCUCGAUCCAGGGCACAAUAGAUUUCAUCUUCGGUAAUGCUGCAGCAAUCUUCCAAAACUGCUCAAUACUGGUACGCAAACCAAAUCCUGGCCAGAGGAACGUCAUCACGGCUCAAGGACGAGAAGAUCCUAACCAGAAUACGGGUAUUUCACUGCAGAAUUGCACGAUAGAGGCCGCCUCGGAAUUCAACAUGACGGAGAGGAAAAACUUUGUUACAUAUUUGGGAAGGCCAUGGAGGAAUUACUCUAGGACUAAUAUAAUGAACAGUUAUAUGGGUGACCUUAUACACCCACAAGGAUGGUGCAAGUGGGAUGUGUAUAGCAAUUUGGGCACUGUAGAUUACAUGGAAUACUUAAAUUCUGGACCAGGUUCAGACACAAAACAUAGGAUUUCAUGGACAGGGUAUAGGAAGAAUUGCACUGAAGAUAUAGCAAAGCUAUUUAGUGUUGAAAAAUUCUUGCAUGGAGCAGAGGAUUGGUUGCAGUCUACAGUUCUCCCUCUUUUCAACGGCCAUGGACCAAUAAAUAAGACAGAAAUGCUAUGUUUGGUUCGGGGUCAAGAAUCCCCUCCCUUCUUCAACUCUGCUCCGAAGAGUAACUUGGAUGAAUUUAGUUUUCACUAAAAGAGAGAGAAGUGUGUAAAUCUAGUUUCUUCUCGUUCAUGCUUCUUUUU